GAGACUAAAUUGACCCAAAAUCAAUUUAAUCAUCCCAACACCGCAUGACGUUUGCAUUAGCUCAUAUGAGCUUUUAUGCUACUAUAAAGCAUACACAAACACUAAGCCAAUUCCCCAACACAAACCACACUAAGCCAAUUCCUUAAACAAAGGAAACCAGCAUCAUGCUUCUUCCAAUUCCAAACCUUUCAAUUUUCCCACUCUUUCUUUUUCUUCUGAUAUCAACUUCAUUGACACAACCUCUACCUUCAGUACAAGACAAUUUCAUCAAAUGCCUCUCAGAAAAUUCUGAGAUUUUAAUCCCAUUCUCCACUGCCUUAAUCACCCCAAAAAACUCUACAUUCAUCCCCACCCUACAAUCUACAGCACAGAAUCUUAGGUACUUGGUCCCUUCAGUGCCAAAGCCUGAGUUCAUUUUCAUACCAUUGCAUGAUUCUCAUGUCCAAGCUGCUGUCAUUUGCUCAAAGCAGCUUGGAAUACAUCUCAGGGUCAGAAGUGGAGGGCAUGAUUAUGAGGCCCUCUCUUAUGUGUCCCAAACUGAAGCACCUUUCAUUGUUGUAGACCUUGCCAAACUUCGAUCGGUCAUCGUCGAUAUCGAAGACAACAGCUCAUGGGUUCAAGCUGGUGCCUCUAUUGGUGAAGUUUACUACAGAAUUGCACAGAAAAGCAAAACGCAUGGCUUCCCUGCUGGGCUUUGCACAAGCUUAGGUGUGGGAGGGCACAUAACUGGUGGUGCAUAUGGUAGCAUGAUGAGAAAAUAUGGCCUUGGUGCUGAUAAUGUCAUCGAUGCUCGAAUCAUUGAUGUUAGUGGCAGAGUUCUUGACAGGGCAGCCAUGGGAGAAGACCUGUUUUGGGCAAUCAGAGGAGGUGGAGGAGCGAGCUUUGGCAUCAUCCUUUGGUGGAAGAUAAAUCUGGUUCCUGUUCCAUCAACGGUGACAGUUUUUACAGUUGCUAAGACCUUGGAAACAGGUGCAACAAAGGUCCUGCAUAAAUGGCAACAAGUAGCUGCUACUGAGCUUGAUGAAGAUCUCUUCAUUAGGGUCGUCAUACAAUCAUCAAAAGACAGCAAAACUGGCACUAAAACUAUCACCACUCUUUACCAAGCCCAAUUUCUUGGUGAUGCUGACAGAUUGCUUAAUGUUGUGAAAACAAAAUUCCCUGAAUUGGGUUUGACAAAAAAAGAUUGCACAGAAACAAGUUGGCUCAAAUCUGUGAUGUACAUAGCAGGGUACCCAAGUGGAACUCCACCUGAGGUUUUGCUUCAAGGAAAAUCAACAUUCAAGAACUAUUUCAAAGCAAAAUCAGAUUUUGUCAAAGACCCAAUUCCUGAAACUGGGCUUGAGGGGCUUUGGAAAAGGCUGAUGGAGGAAGAGAGCCCUCUGGUGAUUUUCAAUCCAUAUGGAGGACAGAUGAGCAGAAUUUCAGAGUCUGAAAUUCCCUUCCCUCACAGAAAUGGAAUUCUCUUUAAAAUUCAGUACUUGACUACAUGGCAAGAUCCCCAUGAAGAUGAGGCAAAGCACAUGGAUUGGAUUAGGAAGCUUUACAAUUACAUGGCUCCUUAUGCCACAAUGUUCCCAAGGCAAGCAUAUGUGAAUUAUAGGGAUCUUGAUUUGGGGGUUAACAAGAAGAGCAACAUAAGCUUCAUUGAAGCAAGUGCUUGGGGUAACAGGUAUUUCAAGGACAACUUUAUCAGAUUGAUAAAGAUCAAGACCAAAGUUGAUCCAGAUAACUUCUUCAGGCAUGAACAGAGCAUCCCUCCUCUUCCACUCCCUAAAGGAUCUAGAACUGGUCAUCAUCAACAUAGUCUAUAGAAGAAGAGCCAAGAGCAAGAUAUGAUGUUUGCUGCAUGGUAAGUAAUGCUUUUAUUGGUUUGAUCAGUGUGCUUUGUUUAAGAGACUGUUUAGUCUCAACAUUCAAACUGUUGUAGAAAAGUGGUGUAAUGUAACCAAUAUGGGCACUGCAAUAAUGUUUUCUUUUUUGGGUCUGCACUAAUGUAACCCUUAUUGUAGAAGAUACCUUUUACUAUUAUAAUUUAUCCAAUAUUCCUUUAUUUUUAUUUGCA